GCCGUGUUGCAGGUGAGUCCGAUGAGCCCCAAGCUCGUUGACUUUCUCGAGGCGCUCGAAGUGGCCCGAGAGGCCAAGGCGACGCGCGACGAGAUGGCUAAAGCAGCGAAGGAGUACAUCGUGGACGCCGACUCGAUGCCACCGCAGACCUUUGCGGCGGCGCUCCAGCACAUCCCGUUCAAAAUGUCGGCGUACGAUGUGGUCGAGCUCUGCAAGCGCGCCGGCGUCACCGACAUCAAGCAGUGUAUCAUCACGACACCGUAUCGCGCCUCGCCGUUCAACACCACGGCGAUCGUGUCGGUCAGAUCGCGAGCAGCCCACGACCAGCUACUUCAACUCCACAAGACGCCAUGUCAGGGCCGCACCUUGAAGGUGCGCGACUACAAGACGUCACGCACCGUGAGCGGCGAGCUCUCGCAGCGCUUUGACGGCGUGAGCUUGCACGUCGUGCCGUCGCGGGACUGCUUCGACACGGUGCCGCCGCGCUUCAGUGCUGCACAAGCCGUCACGCUCGUGUGCACGGUCCACCCCAAGGUUGCGUUCGCCAUCGAGUUCCAGACCACGUACCGCGCAGCGUUUUCCUCUCUCGACGUUGCGGCCGUCAGCGUCGGCUCGGACGACCGCGGGUUUUGCGUCGUCUGGUUCGAGUUGCACCAGCCGCCGCUCAUGUACGAAUCGGCGCCCCCACGCGCCGUGGCCGCCACGUCGUUCCUCGAGCAGCGCCAGCGCGAGAGAACGCAAUGGCCGUCGUCGGCCACACCCAUCGUCGAAUGGACGCGCUGCGUCGACCCGAGUCCAAGCAAGGCGUUUGGCGCUUACCGCAACUACCAAGUCACGCUGCGAGAGGUGUUUCCCGAAGAAAUGCACGCGCUCCUCCAACGUCUCGGCCUCGAGCGCGUUCUCCUCGCAUCGGGGCAGCAGCGACGCCUCACACCCGCGCUCGAAGGGUAUGCACGGCCCGACUCGGACUGGAGCGGCGGCUACGACCACAUGUUUGCAGGCCUCUCGUACGCGCGGCGGUACGCGCUGCAUGUGCUCGUGAGCCACCACGCAAUCGUGUUCACCCAUGCCCGCCAAGUCCAGAAGCUCGUGGCCGCGAUGCACGCGUCGGAUAUCUCGGCCGACGCGCUUCUGCGGCUCGUGCAGUGGAAAUCGCGCCGGUCGCUGACGUGGCACAAGCUCCUUGAGUCUCUUGCGCACCCACCGGAGGCGCCGUUUGCAGAUCCACCCGGCUACGUGCGCGUCCAGCGGGUGCGCAUCACGCCACUGCGCAUCCUCGUCGACGCGCCCGACGUCGACGUCUCGAACCGCGUCUUGCGCCUCUACCCGCACGCCGUCGAUCGGUUCGUGCGCGUCACGUUUGUCGACGAAGAUUUCGCGUCCGUCCAUAGCGUCAAAACCGCCCCGAGCAUCUUUGGCCGCAUCAAGCAGUGCAUUUCGAAUGGGUUUUUCAUUGCCGGCGAGCACGUGGUCUUCCUCGGGUACUCGAGCGCGCAGCUCCGCAGCCACAGCUGCUGGUUCUACCGCGUUCCGACCUCGUUUUCCGACGACGCGCCGACGUUGGCCGAGAUCUACACGUGCCUCGGCGACUUUGGCGCGAUGCCAACCGCCGGGAAGCGGGGUGCGCGCCUCGGACAAGCGUUCUCGGGCACGACCGUCGCGCUGCGUGUGCCACGGUCGCAGUGCGUCGAGCUGGCGGACGUGAAUCGCAAAGGUUUUUGCUUCUCGGACGGCGUCGGCACGAUUUCGCCGGCGCUCGCAAACGUAGUGGCCGACGCACUCCACUGGCCGCACAAGGUCGUCGCCGACAAACUCGGCUGCGGGUAUAAGCCGUCGGCUUUCCAGAUCCGGUACGGCGGCUACAAGGGCGUCGUGGCAGUGGACCCGCAGCUCAAGGAGGCGGCGCUCGGUCUCCGCCCGAGCAUGCGCAAGUUUGAGACCGACUUGGACGACCUCGAGAUUUGUCGGCCGGCGUUUGCGUCGCCUUGCUACUUGAACCGGCAGCUCAUCAACGUGCUCUCGUCGCGUGGUGUGCCUGACGAGGUGUUUUUGCAGCUGACCAACACGAUGCUGCAAGCGCUCGACACGUGCCUCAACUCGACCGACGAAGCGCGGGCCUUCGUCUUCCGCCAUGAUCCGCAUAGCCUCGCGGCGACGCUGCUGGCAGCCGGCGCCACGCUCGAAGAUCGCCAUGUGUUUGAGUACGUCGACGCGAUUCGUCGCCGCCGGCUUCUCGACGUGCAGACCAAAGCGCGCAUUUACGUCGAGUGCGGCGUCAUGCUCAUGGGCGUCCUCGACGAGACGGGCACCUUGCCGCCCGACUGCGUCUUUUUCCAAACAAGCGGGAAGCAGCCGCCGCCGCAUGCGACGCUCGCGGUCGGGCGGUGUCCGUGUCUGCACCCGGGCGACAUUCGCCGGCUCACGUACGUGCACGUCCCCGCGCUGAGCCACCUGCACGACGUCGUCGUCUUCUCGGCGCACGGCGAUCGGCCAACGCCUGACACGAUGGCAGGCGGCGACCUCGACGGCGACAUUUACUUUUGUAUUUGGAACCAAAAGCUCGUGCCACCGACGGAGUUUGCACCGAUGACGAAGCCACCGUCACCCUUGCCACCACGCAUCACGACACCGUCGAUGGAGGUCGUCGGAGCCUUUUACCUCGAGUACCUGCGCAACGACAACCUCGGUACGAUUGCCAAUCUGCACAUGGUGCUCUGCGACAGAAGCGUCGACGGGGCGGCCGAUGCAAUCGCGAUCGAGAUGGCCACCGCCCACGCGAUCGCCGUCGACUAUGCGAAAACGGGCGAGCCGGCGUGCAUCCCGCCGCACCCGCCGCUGGAUGCGUACCCCGACUUUCUCGAGAAAGCCGACAAGCCAUCGUACCGCUCGACGUCCGUGCUCGGCCUGCUGUACCAGGCAACCUGUGGUGUCCGGCCCCAGCCGCCGCCGUACCGCGACUUUUCCAUCGACGCGCGGUUCCUUGCGCCGGGCUACGAGCGCUACCUCGACGACGCGCAGGCCAACUUUAUCGAUUUCUCGGUCGCAUUUCACGACAUUGCGACGCGCUUUGAUGUCGACUCGGAGAUGGAGCUCGUGACGGGCUACGCACGUCGGAAGCGGUCGGCGGACGUGGCCGAGCGCCUUACGCUGGCGGUCAACCACGUGCUCGAUGGAUUUGCCGCCACAUUUUGGGCCGACUUUGCGGCCGACGUGCCGCGUGAUGCGGUGCCUGUGCUGCAAAAGGCCUCGGCGUGGUACUUCCGCGCGUACUCGUACCGCUGGCCGCACGGCAAGCCGUCGUACCUCAGCUUUGCGUGGGUCGCGAUCGAGCCCAUGUGCCUUCUACUCGCCCGGCGCACGAUCGCGUUGGAGUAAAGUGGAUACGAGUAUAUUGGUUUCGUACAUUGCGG